UAACCACACAGCAUGGACGUGUCUUCUCCACUCCUCCACUACUUCACACAGAACUCCUGGAGCUGCCCGAGCUCAGACUCUGAGGUCUACAACAUCUCAUCUCCUGAAGCAGUGUCUCCUACCUCCUACAUGGACUUCUCUCCUUCAGCCCAGCUUCAAAACAGUUCUUCUCCAACUUCACGAGGUGCCAAGGCACCCGUUUCGGGUUCAUUACAUCAGGACGGCGCAUGUUCCCGUGUCGGACCAAGAAGAACCCGCUCCAAGAACCCGAGCAAGCAAAGGCAGAGUGCCAGCGAGAAAGAGAAGCUCAGAAUGAGGGACUUGACCAAAGCUCUCAAUCACCUCAGGACUUACUUACCUCCUUCAGUGGCUCCUGUCGGUCAAACCUUGACCAAGAUCGAGACCCUUCGCCUCACCAUCCGCUACAUCUCCUAUCUGUCUGCUCAACUAGGCUUCAGCGAAGAGUCUCUCUGCCAGAUGAGGGACCUUGGAGCUUCUAGAUACCAAGAACUGUCUCAAUGUCAGGGCAAUUCAACCCCAGAGUAUUGGGGAAUCAGCACAUCACAUCAAGAACUGUGUCAAAGCACCUUCAAACCUUCAGAGCAUGCCUUGAGGCAGGCAGAGAUGGUCAUGGAAACACCUGCUUAUGAUGAUUCCUUCAACUCCAGCUCAGAAUCUCUUCUGGCCAGCCCUUUGUAUGCAGAUACAGCCACAGCAUACCAGGGCUACAACAAAGCCGUGCACUAUCCGGUUGCUCCGCAAUUCUGGGGAUGAAACUCAUUGGAC